CUCCGCGCGCCCCGCUCUGCUCCUGGCCCGCGGGACGCGCUCCAGCUGGGCGGGCGGCUUCCUCCGAGAGUCCCCAGCGGCCAGCGCGGGCCGGCGCGGCGCCCCGGGGCUGCGGGCCGAGCGCACCGGCAGGGGUCGAGCGCGCCUCCCCUCCCCGCCCCCACCGCGCGCUGUGGCGCAGCAGGAAUUUGGCCGGGACCCGGGCGCUAUUUGCGGCUCUUGAGGCGCGGCGGCCGGCUGUCCUGCGGUCAUUGCUAUUCUCGGGGCACUGGGUCACUGCGCUCGGCCGGCCCCCUCCCCCGGGCCCGGAGGGUGUGUCCCCCGCUCGGGGGCUCGCCGCGCUUAUAAGGGGCCGGGCGGCGGGCAGGGACAUGCAGCUCUACAGCAGCGUCUGCACCCACUACCCCGCCGGGGCGCCGGGUCCCACGGCCGCAGCCCCCGCUCAGCCCGCCGCCGCCGCCGCCGCCGCCGCCCCCUUCAAGGUCUCGCUGCAGCCGCCGGGCGCCGCCAGCGCAGCGCCCGAGCCCGAGACCGGUGAGAGCCAGCCCGCCGCGGCCGCCGAGCCCCGGGAAGCCGCCGCCGCCAAGAUGCCCGCCUUCUCCUCCUGCUUCGAGAUGGUGCCCGGCGCCGCCGCGCCCGCCUCCGCCGCCGGCCCGCCCGGCGCGUCCUGCAAGCCGCCGCUGCCGCCGCACUACACGUCCACGGCGCAGAUCACCGUGCGGGCCCUGGGCGCCGACAGGCUCCUGCUGCACGGGGCCGAGCCGGGGCCCGGCGCCGCGGCGCCUGCCGCCGCCCAGCGCGGCCGCUGCCUCCUGCUGGCGCCCGCGCCCGCCGCGCCGGUGCCGCCGCGGCGGGGCUCUUCGGCCUGGCUCCUGGAGGAGCUGCUGCGGCCCGACUGCCCCGAGUCCGCGGGCCUGGACGCCGCCCGCGAGGGGUCCGACAGAAACUUCCGACUGAACGAGCACCGCCAGGCUCUGGCCGCUGCCAAGCACCGAGGCCCCGCGCCGCCCCCGGGGAGCCCGGAACCCAGCCCCGGCCCGUGGGGCGAGGAGCACCUGGCGGAGAGGAGCCCUCGGGGCUGGGAGAGGGCGGGCGACCGCAGCGACCCUCCCGGCGGGGACGUGGCGUGGCGGCCCGACCCUGAUGCCGAGGUGCCCCCCACGCGGAGCGGCGAGGCCUCCCAGAGCAGCGCGGCAGAGACGGUGGUCGUGUCCAGGUCGGAUCCCAGAGACGAGAAGCUGGCCCUGUACUUGGCCGAGGUGGAGCGGCAGGACAAGUACCUGCGACAGAGGAAUAAGUACCGGUUCCACAUCAUUCCCGACGGCAACUGCCUCUAUCGAGCUGUCAGCAAGACCGUGUACGGGGACCAGAGCCUGCACCGGGAGCUGAGGGAGCAGACGGUGCACUACAUCGCGGAUCACCUCGAUCACUUCAGCCCCCUGAUUGAGGGCGACGUGGGGGAGUUUAUCAUCGCUGCUGCCCAAGACGGGGCGUGGGCCGGGUACCCUGAAUUGCUGGCCAUGGGGCAGAUGCUGAAUGUGAAUAUCCACUUAACUACUGGAGGGAGGUUAGAGAGCCCCACGGUGUCUACUAUGAUUCACUAUUUGGGCCCUGAGGAUUCCCUAAGGCCUAGCAUUUGGCUUAGUUGGCUUAGUAACGGACACUAUGAUGCGGUAUUUGAUCACUCCUAUCCCAACCCAGAGUAUGACAACUGGUGCAAACAAACUCAAGUGCAAAGAAAACGCGAUGAAGAACUUGCCAAAUCCAUGGCCAUAUCCCUAUCCAAAAUGUAUAUUGAACAGAAUGCAUGCUCUUGAAAUGUCUGGAAACCUUACACCCUGGGAAAAUUACAUACGUGACUUAAUGUGUUUGGAGAAUCACAUGAACUCUAAUCAGGGUAAUAGCACUUUUAAACUUUCUAGUAGAUUUACUGUAGGUGUAAUGCCUUAAUCAUUUUUUUGAAUGUUUUCUCAGAGCUGAAGGUUGCUGGGCACCUAAAUGAUGUUUCAUGAUCGCUUUGGGUGAUCCUACUGCUAUUUAUAAUUUGCUGUAUAAAGUGAGCACUACUUGAUUUGCAAGCUAAUUUCUCACAGUGUAAAUUUGUUCAUUCCUGGUAGUCUAUUUUCUAUAAAAAUGUAUUUUUGCACAGCAUUUUUUAAAAUGGGUGUACCUUCAUCUAUGAUGUGUUCCAUUUUCACAAACAGCUUUCAGGCAUAAAUCCAGAGAAGUGCUUUAUAUGAAGUUUAUUAUUUUGAACAGAGCUUGUGAUUUAGUAGUUACUUUCUGUUGUGGAAAUUUGAAUUUGACAAGUCUUAGAUAAUUAUUUCAAAUGGAUUUUGAUGCAUUCUUAUUACCAGAUUGGCUCAUUCCAUUUUGAUGAAAACAGAUUUGUUGUUUCUCAGAAAUCAUUAUUUUUCUAGAAAUGGUCAGUCCUUUAAAGAGAAAAACUUAAGGUUCCGAAGAUUUUUUUUUUUUCUCUUUAAGGGAUAUUACUAGGUCAUGAAUGAAAGUCUGAUAUUUGCUGAUGGCAGAGUGAUUAUUCCGUACUCUGGUUGAUGUUUAGAGUAGAUUGUCUGGUGCUCUCAAUUGUUUUUAUUUACAUUUGUGAUUUUGCUAUAAAAAAUUUACUAUGGUAUACAACUUUGUGACAAGAUAAGUCUCCUGCUUUAUAUAGAUUCUUGGAUUCAACUAAGAGAUUUCAAAGCUAAUAGCAUAAAUGCCUGGAACCAACGUUGGCAAUUAUUUUAUAGCAGGAGAAUACUAUCCUAAUAUUCUUUUUAAAUUCUUUAAAAAGGCAAAAUAGGAUUGCCCUGUAUUAAUGUAAAAAUGUCUGUAAACAGAGCUUGUAUGGUUUGCUGGGUCAAACAAUGUUUCCAACUUAAAAUCUAUCUCAUUGCCACUUUAACUACUUUUAGUCAUAUUUAUUAAGUAAUGCAGUUUGUACUUUUUUAUUUUGUAACAUUUUGUGAUUUUUUUGUACAAAACUGUAUUUGUACAAUAGAGCAAUUCUUAGCUCAUGGAAUGAAUGAAUAAAAUGCAAAAUUUUACUUUUA